AUGUUUAUGCGGAAUCAGUACUGGGAGAGAUGGGUUAAAAAGGUUGGGGUUGAGGAGUUGAGGAGCAACGAGAGGAGUUUUGUAACUCUAGACGGAGAGCUUGAGGGUUUGAGGGACUGGUGGAGGAUUGAAUGGGAGAUGUGGAGCAGGAAAAAGUUUGAUGAGCUUGACCAGUCAGAUGAUGAAGAUUGGUGGGAGCAACGGAACCAUUGGAUUGGGAAAUCUAAAAAGCGGAUGCAACUUGUCAUAUCGCGCUUGCAGAAGCUUAAGAAAGAUGCUACUCCGCUGACAACAGAUCUUAGCAAAGCAACAACUCCGCAUGAGUUCAACUACUCCGACGCAUCAAUCUCCCAACCGCCUGGUUGGUACAGGAACAAUAGUCCAGUAUGGUGGUUGUGGCACGCAACUACCGAUCUUGAAAACCGCGACGACGAAUACCAAGAAAUGAUACAGAUGAGGUAUUCAGAAAUUGAGGAAUGCGAUAAACUCAUCGGAAAGUUGGAGCGUGAAUAUGAGAAAGUCAAGAGCAAUCCGCAAGUGAUCGAGAAUCUUAAGGAAACUUUCACCUGGGACAACGAAGGUCAUGAAUGGCGGUUGCAACAGUUUCCUACCCUCAAAGCUCAACCCAAGACAUCUCAAACCGACCUCUCAUCUCGUAUCGAAUACCUCAACCUCAAGAAAUCCCUCCUUGAAGCCACCAUCUCAGCUACCCAACACGAGUACGCCCGCAGUCACGCGAUUCUCCAAAUCGUCUCGCAACUCACAGAUAACUACGAUGAUCUCUCGCGCCAUCUAUCUCCCGCUCAAGUCCUGAAACCCGAGAGAGUGAGAGUCAUGCAGGCUUUGCAUACGAUUUGCGUGGUUCAGGAACGGAGAUAUGAGGUUUGGUGCCGCUUGAGGGAUGGAUUAGAGGAAAUGGGGUGUGAGAAGGGAUUGAGCGUUUUGGGGAAACUGAGGGAAUUCAAUAAGUACUUCAGGAGUUAUCACGACUUCAUCAUGGAAAUCGCGGAAGAGGAAUCUGUGGGGGUGGAUGUUGGGUCGCUUGCGCAGGGCUUGGUGGAAGAGUCGGAGGGAUUUGAGGAGGUCUUUGGUGUCUAUGGAGAUUCUCAUGGCGAUAUGGGAAGGUGA